AAGGCUAAGCAGAGGCUGGAAGGGUUUGGGAAGAUCAUCUGAGGACCACUAGCAAGCUGCCUGCAGGGCGCUGACUCCAUGGGCUGAGGGUUUGGCGGAGCCAUUUCACUGGGAACGAACCAAUGAUACUGAGUAAUUCCAGAGCCUUCCCCCGCCGCCCCGACAGAGCUUCCCAUUUUGUCAGCACCGUGAUACCUGUCAACCAUCUCAUUUGCUAGGGAAUUACUUUGCCUAUUUCCUUGUGUGUCCGAGUGAAAACGGGGGCUCUUUCCCAACCUUCGAUUGAAACGCGCAUCCUCAUCUCUCCUCCCCCACCCCAACCGAGCAGGCUAAGGAUGAUCUCAAAUUGGCAGGUGGAUGUGGAUGUGUCCGCGCGCGCGAGGAAGUAGGCCCGUGCUCAGUGCCGGACGCGGCUGGUGGAUGGCUCUGGUCAGUUCAAGAGCAGAGUCCUGGAGGAGCCAGCAAAGACACAAGGCCGCUUCACCUGCUCCCAAAGCCCUAAACCCAGCGCUAGGCGAAGGCGGGAUUCGAAUCCGCUGCGCCGCCCACCACCCUUUCCCUCCUUCUCCUCCGCACCCCCCCCACCCCCUCCUUCUCCCAUGCAUCUGCGGAGGGAGGACAGCCCCUUCCACGGCAUCGACCAAUCCGCGUCCGGAGCGGCGGCCCUGGCGUGGGGGGAGUUCUGGCUUCCAGCCAAUUAGCAUCAGCCCCGGGGCUGGGCCUCCUCCCCCACCCCCACCCGGGUCCCUAGAAUGAAACCAUCCCCACAGCUGCCCCAGAGCUGGGCGGCCGCGGCUGCACGUGGGGUGCGGAGGCCGUGCGGCGGGAGGCAAGCAAAGAACCCUCCCCCUCCCCGGGCUCCAGGUCCACCUCAUCGUAGCCGCCCUGGAGCCCCAGCUGCAAAAAAGCGAGCGGGAGCAGCCCCGGGGGCGCUGGCGAACUUGUUUGGCGGGGGAACGCGAAGGGGGCGGGGAAGGGACGACGACGACACCGAGGAGGAGGAGGAGGAGGAGGAAGAAGAAGGGGGAUGGUGGGUGGGCGAUAAAAUCUGCCGAGCCGGCCCCACCCCCUUCGCUGGUUCGGCUUGGCCCCCAGUGCCCCGCUCCGGGGCCGAGAGAGCGGUCUGCGGGGAGAAGUGCGCGCAGUCCCCGAUGGAGGCUUUCCAGGCUGUGGCCAGCAAGCUCCCGCCGCCGCACCAUCACCCCCACCAGCGCCAGCACCCCCCGCCCAUGGCUUUUUUGCAAAGCGCUCGCUACGUGACUGCUAAGAGCCACCAUCCCCACGGAGCCGGGAGCGCCUUCAACUCGUGGAACGACUACCUGGGGCUCGCCACGUUCAUCACCAAGGCGGUGGGCGAAGAGAAGAGCUUCGGCGGGGACCCCGCCUCCCCAUCCUCGUCGUCGUCGUCGUCCUGCUGCUCGCCCCACGCCGGGGCCGCCGGGGGGAUGGUGGUGGCCGCGGCGGCGCUGGGGCCGCCCGACGACGAAGAGGACGACGACGAGGAGGCGGCCGCGACCCCCUAUUUCGGCAGCGCCCUAGAUCUGCGGGACCUGGAGCUGUGCGGAGGCCACCCCGCCGACGGCCUGCUGGAGGAGCGCUUCGCCGACUUCAGCCCCUUCUCGGGCGGCGCCGGGCCGGCUGCGGCUGCCGCCGCCGCCGUUCUCUUCGAUUGCGCCUCGGAGCCCUUGGAGAGGGAGCGGGCUCCGGCGUGGGGAGGGGCCGCCGAGCCCCGGCUGCAGAGCGGGCCCAAGCCGGGGGCACGGCUGCUGAAGCCCGACCUGCAGGUCUGUGUGUUCUGCAGGAACAACAAGGAGGCCGUGGCUCUCUACACGACCCACAUCCUGAAGGGACCCGACGGGCGCGUCCUGUGCCCGGUGCUGCGGAGGUACACGUGCCCCCUGUGCGGGGCCAGCGGGGACAAUGCCCAUACCAUCAAAUACUGUCCCCUCUCCAAAAUGCAGGCGCACGCCACCAAACAAAUCAAAAAUGCCAGGAACGUCUUGGGCAAGAAGAUCCGCUGAAGGAUUUUGUGUUGGGGAUUUUUUGUUGUUCUCUUCGCCCACCUCUUCCUGUUGGCUUCCAAGGAAGGAAACUGGAGAAAGUGGAACGAACAGUUGGUUGCGAUUUAAACUUUGGAUGUCUUGUUUUCGUUUGAAGUCUGGGAGGAUUACUUUUAUAUAUGUAUAUGUGUAUAUACAUGCCUAUGUAUACACACAUAUAUGGGGCGCCGAUUGAGAAUAGAAUGUCAAAAAAAACUGGUUUAUGUAUAACUUAAAGUCUAGUUUGUACACACCUAGAGCUCAGUUGUGUCUGGGUGUUGAAUUCCUGAUUCAAUUAUAUCACAGCUUAGAUGCACUGUAUUUGUUUACUGUAUACAAUUAUCUGAUUUUAGAUGGACAUAUCAGUAUGAAAUAUUCUGUUUAAUCUUGGAUGUUUUACUUUAAUGAAUCAAAUUAUGGAGGCACUUUAAGUCACAUAUUUUUUAAAAGCCUCUAAACUGGGCUAAAGGAACUCGAGGUUUUAUGGUAUGUCCACAAAAUGAAGACUACUUCAUAGUGUUUACUAGGGAGUACAUUGAAAUGUUCUCCUAAAAGGGACUAAGAUAACCUAACCGUGGCAAGUAAUGUUUCUUGACAUUCCUCUUUCUCAGUUACCUUAAUUCCAGCUAAAUCGAGAAUCUGACAGAAGCAAUGUUAUGAUGGUUACUUUCUAAUAUUAAUUUCAGUAAUGAUUGACUUGAGAUUGCUUAUUUACAUUGUAGCUGGAGAGGUAAAGUACACAAACUGAAUUGCACUUAAGCUAAAAGACAGUUUAUUGUUCUAUAUCAGAUCGUCUAUUGCCAAAUUAGAAACUAGCUUUUUUCCCUCUUCCCCUAGAAACUGUGCCAAGUUGCAUAUCAUAUUGUGUAUACACUUGGAAAUGGUGCUGUUUAAAAUUUGGUUGUGUGUUUAUACAGUAAUAGUAUAUGAAUUUAUUAUUCUUGCUCAGACCUUCCCUGGACUCUUUCAUUUCUUGUAACUUUUUUUCCUUGCAUCUUUCUAAGUUAUGGGACUGACCAGCCUAUGGAACUUGGGAGGAAGGGAGGUUUUGUUGUCAGCUGUAUAUGGCCCUGCAUCUUUAACUACUCAAGAGUGAAGACACUGGCCAGUUUUCUCUCAAACAUUGAGGGUUGAAACCUUUGUCUUCAGAUAAUCCUGGAAACAUUUAGAGCUUGUGGAAGAGGUCAACUGGAAGCAUUAAGUGUAGAACCUGCAUUUAGCUUGUAUCUUGGCUCUUUGUGACUCUUGAGGCAGUUUCUUAUAUUAGCAGUUUUUAAAUUAACCUUAUAUAUAGCACUGACUAUAGCAACAGGUUUGGAGGAGAGACAAGACUUGCCUCACACCUGAUGAAUGUUAGGAGCUGAUAGCAUAAUACAGUUAGUUGCCUACCUCAGAAUCAAUUCUUCAUUCUCCUUAGAAAGUAUGGCCAUUUCUGACCCAGGUCACUGUUCUCCAGCCUUUGCCUUUCUUUCCUUUGAAUGUUAAGAGCCACAUUUAGUGUUGCCUCUUCGUAAAUUCUUACAUAUCAAAAAGACAAGGGGUUUGAACAAAAAAUACAGGAGAUGAGCUCAUCUGAAGGAUAGAAAUGUGUUACUAUGUAAACACCAUCAAUUACUUAAGGGAAACCAGUAUUUUGCGGUUUCUGGUGAUGAACAGGGUAGAGUAGUUGCUUGUUUCAAAGCCACUAACUUACAACAGAAAGAGUUAAGUUGGUUAGACAUAAUGAUGGCAUCGAUUUCAUAACUGGGGUGAUUUAGAUAAUACAUGCUAGUUCCAAUAACUUGUCAAAUCUUUGUACUGGAAUUGUCUAUGCUGUUGGGAGUUAUUUUUACACAGGAACUCAAAAUUUGGCCAGUACUAAAAUGAAACACCCACCCCUCUUUAAAAAAGGAAUGAAUUCUUAAAGCAAUAAGCUUUGGGGAUUGAGGUAAUUUAUUUUUCAAAAAGUUGCUUUCAUACUAACCUGGGAUCUGAGUGCAGUAGUUGUGACAAUUAUUUUUUAAAACCAUGGGUUUAAAAAAGUAAAUGCUCAGGUAAAGUUAAAAUGUUCAGUUUAGCUUAUGUGUUUAGUUAAAGUUUUACUAGGAAUGCUAUCCACUUUUGUUAGUGUUGUUUUUGUUAAGAAUUCUUGUCAGACCCUAAGUAAAUAAAGACUCCAGCAACCCCCACCAAAAGUCAAGCUUCAAAUUAAAAGCCUGAUCUUUAACCAAAGCUGGUAAUGGCCCAAAAUAAAUCUUUUAAAUAGGGAGUUUGAUAAUAUGCUUAGGACUCAAUUCUAAGGGCUUGAAAGUUUCACAGUUGCCCUGUUAGGGAGAUGGUAAAACAGCAAUUUAUAGAUUUAAUAGUGGUCAGAUUAAUGCCAAUUAUUAAGGACAUGCCUCUAUUUAAGGUCCUAACACUUUCUCAACCAAAGUUAUUUCCUCUUCUACUUGAUUGAAUGUCCUCAUGAUUUUUCACAAAAGGAUGCUGAUCCUUUCUACACAGUAAUGUUCCCGCUUGUCUUAUUUUUUCUAUAACACAC